GAAUAGUAAACAAGUUCGAAUUUGCUUUCAUUUGACUUCAAGAAAUCCACAAUCAAAUGCAGAAUAUUGAAAGGGUAUAUAGGCUAAAAGUUUACCAACUAUUUACAUGAUAAUACCGGCUAAACUAAAGUAUAGUGUGGCGAAGAUGUGUCUUGACUGCCGUUGUGUGAUAGUUGGGAAAUACUGAAGUGACAUCAUUUUGGUAACAUGGUGACUUGCGUGACAGAACUCUUCAUCUGGUCAUUAAAAGAUAAUGUGUACAUACCAGAUGAAAUAAUAGGAUGUCAUACCUACCAUGACAAGACACAUUCUGCUUCUGUAGAUCAGCUAUAUCAUGAGGAGAAGCAACACUUUGAUGAAGAAAGGGAGGUUUUGUGGGCACCAAGGAACAAGAGACCAGAGAAAUUAAGAGAUGUGCUUAAAGAAGUGGAGGAUUUAUUGCAAGGACAUAAGAUUGUACAAAUUAGAUGGAGGAGUCGACAAGUGUUGCAGUUAGUUCUGAGUAACAUGGCAGCAGUGAGUUUUGUGUUGAAUGGUUGUAAUGGGACCACAGAUAGAGUGUUCCUGGAUAAGUCCAUGGUGGGAAAAUUCAGUGCUGAUCUGGUUUCUGAUGCUUACUUAUGUGACCAGUUUCUGAUUACCAGUUACCCUGAUCGACCCAAACUGGAUUAUGGCUAUUUUGUGAAAAGACCACCUCUCGGGGAAGGUCUUAAGAGACUGGAGAAAUUGUCUGUGUGGGAACCAAAGAUAACACAGCUAGAUAUUCCUGGUCCUGUUGGCAGAAGAAUCGAGCGACGCUUGUCUGCAAAUACCAGACUGGAUAUGCUAUUGGUGUGGUGGCCAACUUCCAGUGAGGAGGCAUGGCCCUGGUCUCCCAUGUCCUCAGAGAAAGACCGAGCUAACAUGAUAGUCUUAUCCGUACAUGGGCCAAACAUAGAUAUUUUGACUUUUGCCAGAACAGAGUGUGAUCCCAUUCAUGCUAGCUUCAGCUGUUUACAGCCACAUCGUGUGUUUACAGUAGAAGAAGCUAUGAGUGGAGGCGGGGACACAACUGCACAAUGUUGUACUUAUGAAAUUGUGCAGGGAAAGAUUCAGAGAAUAAGUGUGACCAGCAUUCCCCUGAAAAGUCAUGUGAUCUCACAGUGCCAUAACCCAAGUGAGGAUAAACUCAUUUUGGGAUGUACUGACGGCUCUCUGAUUUUGUAUGAUGAAGUAAGGAAAGCAACACUGAUGAUGAGAGCAUCAGUGAUUCCAGUGUCUGUAUCGUGGCAUCCCCAGGGCACGGUGUUCUUUGUUGCCAGUUCUAGAGGGGACAUACAGGUAUUUGACCUGGCCUUGACCCCUCUCAGAAUUCAACUGGUGUCAGAGGACCAAGCGACACAGAGAGUGUUGCAGCUCCACAAAUUCUUUAAAACACCAAUGUCCUUGAAGGAAAUAAAAUGGUGUCAGCAUGACCCAGAUUCAGUGGAAUGGAAUGGGGACUAUACUGAUGCCCUUUUUCUACAUUUUGAGAGGGGUCCACCUUGUUUGCUUCAACUCCAUCUUGGGGUAGUAAGCAGAGAGCGUUUCUCGGGUCUAGAACUCAUCAAAGAGUACCUCAAGAACCGCCAAGUUGAUGAGGCAGUUACAUUGUUGAGCAGUAUGAACUGGGACACUGAUAGUACAACAGCAUACUCUAGUCUGUCAGCCAUUGUCAAUCAUCUGCUGCGUCUGCCACUCAAUGCAGAACGAGAGAGUCAUUUGGAGACCUCUCUGGGGACGUUUUACGCCCCCAAGUACCCCCUAUCAGAGGUUGUCAUCCUUGACUUCAGGGACCCUAUCAGCAGAUUGGCUAGACGAUUUUUCCACCAUCUCCUCAGGUAUUCGAGAUUUGAUAAAGCAUUCCUUCUGGCUGUUGAUAUCGGUGCAAGAGAUUUAUUCAUGGAUAUCCACUACAUGGCAUUAGACAAAGGCGAGACUGCAUUAGCAGAAGUGGCAAAGCGGAAGGCGGAGCAAGUAGAAACAGAGUCUAUUGACUCUUUUGAUGGCCUUGAUGAUGGCCUCUUACAAAAUGGGUACCACAAUGUCAACUCACAAAACCACUCCGACUUCAAUGUUAAUGAGUUACCAGCCUCUCGUCAGCACCCCUGGCAGCAGGGGGAGCACCUGCCCCCAGAAAACCAGGACAACAGACAUCUCCAUAAUGGAAUCAAUGGAAACUUGUCAGAUAGACCUAGUUUUCUGGGCGACCUUGAACUUGAGGCUGACCUGAUACACGACUAUACUGCAGCCCUACAGCUGGAUGACCCAGGAUGGUUCUCUCAUACCCAUACAGAGGACACGGAAUGGCAGGAACAAGAUCCACCGGAGACUGGAAACAGGGAGAGCCCAGAGGAUGAUGACGAGGAUGCCUCAGUGAAAGUCAUUCACUUUGGGGUGGUGUGACAGAUGUAAUUGUAGAAUAUUAGGAACUGUAUUUUAAUGUUAUAUGCCAUAGUCUUUCAUUACCAGCGUCUUCCAAUCGGCGGAUUAUAAGUUUAGUUUCACUUGAACAGUCCUCAUACAUAUGAGACAUUGUGUUUGGGUUUUGGUGUAGAGAUCAGAUGUGCAUUAUAAUCUGUUAGGUGAAAUUUUUAUUGUACAUUUUAUAUAUAACCAACAAUGUAUAUUUUAUCACAUUCGUUUUAUAGAUUAAAGCAUGUUGUUAAGAGCAACAUUGGAAAUUGACACCUUGAGAAAACUAUUGUCAAUGAAGAUGACAAUGAUUAGCAAAGGAUGACAAUUUCCAAUAAAAUCCCUAAAUUUCAUGCAUUAUUUUUCUAUUAAACUGAAUCUCACUAGACCUUGAACAAACAAAUUAUGCAAAAACAUUAUUAGCCAACACAAGCAUCUGAGACUACCUGUAUACAGUGUAUGUAUGAAUAUGUUAUGUUACCUCUAGGAAGUUGUGUUCACAUUGAUGAAUUUCCAGGAUUAUAUUGUUGUCUCCAUUCUGAUUUUCUUGUGGUUCAAGUUUAUUUUACUCUAUCAGUCUAUAUUGUCUUUUUAAAAUGUGUAUUUCAAAUACUCAAUUUCAAAAGUCAAACUACAUGUAUUUGGAUAAAUUUUAAGUGUGUGAUAAUUCUUAUGAUUUUAAUAAUUGUUAAACAUCACUAGGUGAGGAAUGUUACUUGUUGUUAUAUAAUGUCACUUUGGAGGACAUGAUGUAAUUUGCCAACAGUAAUGUUAUGUUUUGUCAACCAUUUCUUGGCCUAUCAGAUUUCGAGUAUUUUUCAUGAAGUACACAUAAUUCAUGUGAUUAUCCUGCAUGUAAGGAUUUGAAGUGCACAAAGACAUUUUGACACUGUUAUUUUACCCUUGUAACAUAAUUAUGUAGAUGUUUAUUGGUGCAUAUUUAAAUAUUGCUAUGAGAUGCCUCUUUUCUGACAAUAUUUGGUUCAUAUUUGUACAAAUGCAUCAAGAACACAACAAAAUUUCUUUACAGUUGGCUACUUGGGAAGUAGGCUUGGCCAAAAGCACUACAAAUGAUUUUACACAAAGGGUUAACAAGAGAAUAUGUAAUUCAGAAUGGCUGAGGUGUGUGAAUUUUAUGCAUUCUGUGUAAAAUCACCCAUGUUGCAAAAUAUUUUUUACCGGAAAUUUUGGCUUAUCUCAUGUCCAUGCAAUAUCUUAUUCGAUAAUUUUGAAAUCAAUAAACUGAUAUCUCCAAAACAA